CUCAUAUCCUCACCUUUUUUGUUUGUUGGCGAUAUCCAUAUCGGCAUGGCUUCACAAGGGCUCUAUGCCAAGCAUAUCAUACCUACCUCUCCGCAGUACAUGACCAGUAUGUGCAUGAAGAUCAACGCCAACCAAGCUCGGCAGUGCUACCUGUGUCGCAAAGCCUCGGGUUCUCCACAGGAUCCGGAUGAUCGCUCGAAGCAGAGGUACACCACUGCAGCCCAGCUUUUCUUCGAUGCUGCUGCUGCUGCUGCUGCCACCGCCACAGCCACCGCCACAGCCCCCACCACAGCCCCCACCACCGUCACCACCACUGUUACCACCACUGCCACCACCAUACCAACCGGCACUGUCGAUUCUGCUCCGUUAUACGCCCGCUCCGUUUCAUCUUUAGAUUUAGGCCUACUUGGUUGGUUUCACGAUGCUGAGUGAAGUGUUAUUGGAAUAUAUAAAUAGUUUUCGAAUAGAGGGUUUAAUAAGGUGCUGAUCUAAUAGAAGGUUCACCUUAUCGGGUUAUAGGCAGU